GUAUACGUUCGCAAUGAACUGCAUGCAUCGUUCACGGUUUUUGAUAAAGUCUUUGUUAAGCAGAGCAAGAACCAUUGCACGUCUUGGAUCCACUACUCUCUCUCAGCCGCAACCACCGUCUCUCUCCUCCACCGUCAUGAGUAGACUUGAAACUCACAACACAAGGCUCUGCAUCGUCGGUAGUGGUCCGGCGGCUCACACGGCGGCUAUUUACGCAGCUAGAGCUGAACUUAAGCCUCUUCUCUUCGAAGGAUGGAUGGCUAACGACAUAGCUCCCGGUGGUCAACUAACAACCACCACCGACGUCGAGAACUUCCCUGGCUUUCCAGAAGGUAUACUCGGAGCAGAGCUCACGGACAAGUUCCGGAAGCAGUCGGAGAGGUUUGGUACGACUAUCUUCACGGAGACAGUGACCAAAGUCGACUUCACGUCGAAGCCGUUUAAGCUGUUCACAGAGUCCAGAGCCGUUCUGGCCGACGCUGUGAUUCUUGCUACUGGAGCUGUGGCUAAGCGGCUUAGCUUCCCUGGCUCUGGUGAAGGCUCAGGAGGUUUCUGGAACCGUGGAAUCUCGGCUUGUGCUGUCUGCGACGGAGCUGCUCCUAUAUUCCGUGAUAAACCUCUUGCGGUUAUCGGGGGAGGCGACUCGGCGAUGGAAGAGGCUAACUUCCUCACCAAGUAUGGAUCCAAGGUGUAUAUAAUCCAUAGGAGAGACGCUUUUAGAGCCUCUAAGAUUAUGCAGCAGAGAGCUCUGGCUAAUCCUAAGAUCGACGUGAUUUGGAACUCGACGGUUGUGGAGGCUUAUGGGGAAUGGGAGGGAGGCGUUCUUGGAGGUUUGAAGGUGAAGAAUGUGGUUACUGGAGAGGUUUUGGAUUUGAAGGUUUCUGGAUUGUUCUUUGCUAUUGGUCAUGAGCCAGCAACGAAGUUUCUUGAUGGUGCGGUGAAGCUUGAUUCAGAUGGUUAUGUGGUGACGAAGCCUGGUUCUACACAGACUAGUGUUGCCGGAGUUUUUGCCGCCGGGGAUGUCCAGGACAAGAAGUACAAGCAGGCGGUAACAGCUGCGGGAACUGGAUGCAUGGCAGCUUUGGAUGCGGAGCAUUACUUACAGGAGAUUGGAUCUCGAUCAGCAAGGCAAGAGUGACUGAAAAAUACUCACAUCAAGCCUUGGUCAUAGAGCUAACUAUUGAUCCAUCAUUCUGCUAGACAUGGACAAGAACGAGAUUUGAUCUUUAGCAUAAUAGUUCACAGACAUUGAUUUGCGUACUUCUUAAUACUGCAGUUUGAGUUGAGUACGGAUAUUCUUCAAAGCUGUAGCUCCAAUGGUAAACUAGCUACGAAUAAAUUCCUUAAGAUAUGAUUCGCAGAUGAUGACUUUACAUUCAAAAAUUCAGUAAAUGAUUUGUCCAAACUAAUUAAAAUAUUAUUGUUCGUCUUAUAAUAAAUACAAAGAUGUGUUUCUAGA